CCCAAAUCCCUUUCUCUUUCCAUCCUCGUCGACUUCCCAGCCCGACAUGGCCCUCCCCAUGCCCCUCCUCACCCGCCUCAAGCACAAUCCAGUGGCACAUUCUCACCUCACUCCCAUCACCACCAUGCUCAUUGCUUCGUAUUUCAAGAAGCACAAGCCCAAGGAGGCCUUGAAAGUCUUCAACUGGAUGGUGAGGCCGGGCUCGCCGUGUGUACUUGAUGAGAAGGUUUGCGGAAUUCUGGUUUGUGGGUUUUGUAAGCAGGGGAUGGUUCUUGAGGCCUUGAAGGUUUUGAGGGCGAUGGUGGGUGUGAAUUUGGUGCCGGGAAGAGAGUUGGGGACGUGGGUUUAUAGGCGUUUGCUGAGAGAGGCAAGGAUUAAAGAAGCGAUGGAGUUGAAUCAGGCUUUGGGCUUGGUUAAGUAUGUUGGUGGUGAUGAGGCUGUGAAGAAGGUUUUGGUAUUAUUGGAUGACAUGAUUGCCAUUUGGACAGACUAGAGCAGUUGUUUCAGCAAGCAGCCAAUUUUGUGAAGGAAAGCAACAAAGCCAUGCUGAUGACGAUGCUGUGCUACAUGAAGAAUGUAUUCAUCUAUAACAUCUUCAAUAUGAAAGGCUGCCUCCCUCACUUGCUUCACCCACUCUUUCAUGCCUUCGUGGAGGUCUCCUCCUUUCUCGGCCCUUGCAUCGACAUCUUUUAGGAAACACUUGAUGCUCUCCAGUUCAUCACCAAUAACCACAACUUCCCUGUGGACACUGUUAAGCAGUUUUGCUUCUUGAACAAGCAACUGGACCAACUUGUCAAUGAGGAGAGUCACAGCGAUCUCUGCCAUUGUUUCUUCUCUUAUUUAUCUGGUUAAUGAUAUUGUUGCCAUUAGCAAUGAAUUUUGCUUAAUGAUAUGUGGAAUGGAGCUUUCCUUGGUA